UAAGCGGCAUUCAAAAUGGCGGCGCCGGUGAUGAGAAUUUGUCGAAGGUGUAUUUGUUCUCAGGCCAAAAAAACACAUGUUAAACGAGCGAACCCUCAUAUAGAUAGAAUAGUUCGUGUAGACCAUGCUGGAGAACUUGGAGCAGAUCGUAUUUACGCAGGGCAGAUGGCAAUCCUCGGAAGAACCAGUGUUGGGCCGACUAUCCAGCAUAUGUGGGACCAAGAAAAGGAACAUCUUAAAAAGUUUGAGCAGAUUGUAACUGAGAGAAGGGUGCGGCCCACAGUUCUUGUACCACUUUGGAACAUAGCAGGAUAUGUUUUAGGUGCAGGGACAGCACUGUUGGGAAAGGAAGCAGCCAUGGCUUGCACUGUAGCUGUGGAAGAAGUGAUUAGUGAACAUUAUGACAAUCAGCUCAGAGAACUGUUGUCAUCAGAGGGUGUAACAGAUGAAAAUAAAGAAUUAUUAGAUACAAUAAAACAGUUCCGUGAUGAGGAGCUGGAACACCAACAUAUUGGAGAAGAGAAUGAUGCUGAACAGGCACCAAUGUAUCAUGCACUGUCAACAGUCAUACAGACAGGUUGUAAGGCUGCCAUUUGGUUAUCAGAGAGGAUAUAGAAGAGAUGUACUUUACUUAGAGCUACUUCACAUGCAGGGGAGCCACUUCCUGGUUGGUCUCAUUGAAGCAGCUAGUAACUUAUGAAAGAACAAGCCUAUUUUGUUUCAGUGACAUUGGUGGCGUUACUUUGGCAGUAAUCAUUAGCAUGGAUAGAGAGAUCAACUCAGCCUUCUGCAGGUGCAACACUAUUCACUUGGGAGACUAUUUCCUCUUUUAGUGGACACAGAGAAGAAGCUCUGGUCUUAGGAGUAACAUACAGUAAACAAGAGUUGGAGGAAAGAUUUUUUUACCUUCAGUCAAACAAGCUGCGAGUACAUGUACACUAGCCAUGAGGGUAAACAUUGCCUACCUUUCAAAGAGUCAGUCUCCUGAACUCUUGAAUAUCCCAGUUUAACUAGGUUAAGACACCAGUCAAGAGUGAAUUGAGUUAGCAAUCACAAAUUCAUGUUUUAACACCUUUUGACCCAUUUCCAUGCAAGUUAGCCCUCACAUGUAAUGUUGAUAUUAAAGUUCACAAUAGUUGCAAACUUAAAACUUGUCAGGUACUGGGAGAAGUGGUUAUGAAUCAAGGAAACACAUGUUUGUUGUUAUUUUGUUUACUUGUGUGGCUACCAGGUAAAUGUUUUCAGUAACGUGGGUUGCAAAUAAAAUUAAUCUCUGAUGCUGGUAAAUGCCUUUUUACUCUGGCUAUUGGUAUUGGUCAAAAUUGAAUUUACAGUACUCAAAAAAAUUGAAUUGUUUGUUGUAGAAAGCCAAUUGAAGAAGGGACUGUUAUAUCUGUGUAUAGUGUAUAGAAACGGCAAACAUGACAAGUUCAUAUUAAAUGAAAAUAAGCGGCAAAAAAGGUAAGUUUCUUUUGUAAGUCACUCAACAUCUCUCUUAUGUGGCUGGGGGCGGGGGAGCGGGCAGAAGAGGGUAAAAGCUAAGUUUGUUUUUGAACCAAGUGAUGCAUCCUUGCAGUGCUCAUAUCUGGUUUCUGUAGCGUGACGAGAUGAAGAGUAUUUCUACUCCUGCCUGAAUGCUAUGCCGGUCCACUGUGCAGUUCCAGAAAAUAUUCAUUCAAAAGGGAUUGGAAUUUCCUGGAGGUGGCGGGGGUCUUUAAGACUGAAACAUUUAAAGAACUGUAUCAAGCUUAAUUGGAAUUUCCAGAGGGGUGGGGGGGAGGAAGUCUUUCAAAAAAAUCCCUUCCAUCGGGGAGGUAUAGAUAUUUUCUGGAAAUACAGAUUGCACAGUUACCCCCUGUAUUUAAUUCACCAGUACUUGUUUACACACCUGGGUGAAGAAAUGCAAUGCCAGAAUAAAGUGUCUUGAGAGAAAGCACACUUACUGAAGAGCCAGCCAGGGCUCAAACCUGAGUUGAGUGCACUAGUUAGCCAUGAGGCCACAGCACCUCUCAUGGGUGGAAAAGAAAGAGUUGUA